AUGAGUCAUCAGGACAACAAACGCGUCGUGUUCGUUUCUUUAAAAGCAUCAUCAUCCUCAUCGGAGACGGAGGCGAAUACUAAUUCGAAUUUAAACCCGCGGACGAGGCGGAAACGCGCGUUAGGCGUGGACCCUCUGACGACGUCUUUCGCGGAGUUUAAGACGCAAGUCGCCAAUCGAUUGCAGCUGAAGUUUGGGAUUAAAUCCAUCCGGCACAAAGGGUCCGGGAUGUUGGUGAAAUCCGUGGAGGAUUUGUUAGACAUCGAAGAUUUGGAGGUUGAGGAGUUUCGGGAGGAGGAGGUUCAAACGGCGAACGGAGGAUACGGGUCGACCGCACAGACGAUUUCAACGUCCGGCGGCUUGAAUAAUAAACGAGACGAAAGCAAUAAUAACGCGUCGUCGUCGUCGCGAAACUCUGUCCUCGAUCAAAAUAACGCGAAUACUAGUAGUAACGAGAAAGACGGCGACGACGACGCGGAGAAGUAUAAGCGAAGGACGAGCAUGGCGACGAGACAGAUGCAAAAAGUUUUACCGUACGCGUACUCGAAGAAAUUGAAUCCGGCGGGUAGUGGUAACAACGAGGGAUUGGACGAUUCGUACGAGGACGAGGAGACGCUUUUAGCCGCGUCGGCGGGGAAAAAGAAGAGGAAGAAUUUUAGCGGAAGUAGUAGUAGCGGCGGGAAGAAAUCAUGGUUUAGCGAUCCCAGGGCAAUUGUCGUCGCCGUGUCGUUGAUUUCGUGUUUAUUGACCAUGGUGCUCUUGUAUCAGAGAGUUUCUAUGUUAGAGAGCGAGAUUGAUUCGGCCAGGAACGCGGGGGUUUUGAAAACAGACGGCAUGAAGAAAAAAGAAUCGAGGACGAGGAUGGCGAUAGAGAAGAUCGAGAAAGCGGCUUUAGAAGCGGAAGAGGCGGGCGAGAUGUACGUGCCAGAGGCAUGA